GCCUCUCCGCUCUCGGCUCCCAGGAUCGUUGGUCUGAACAGCUAACAGUCCUGGGUGCAUCAGUCUGGGUUUCUCUCUCUUGAGGGAAUUGAGACCUUCUGUUCCUCAUUGGAUUCCUGGGUUCCUGGUCCUGCUGGUCACCUCCAGCCACAAGCCCAGGCCCCUGGACAAAUUGCCCCCAGAACAUCUCCUCCAAACAGAGCCACUUUAAGUCUUCACUUUCUUUAUAUGGCUAGCAUCCUGACUGGGAAGUGGGAUGGAGAUCCCACGAGAAUUAAAGUGCCACUGGCUGCCCUGAGAACUGACUCCCUCUUACUCCCCAGGGCCCUGCCUUAAACUUGGAGGAGACUGAUUCUCACAAGGCCCCUUGGGAUCCAGAAGACUGAACCAAAUCCUGAAAGUUCACUGUUGUCCCCUCUUCACUCUUCACCUCAUCACCUGUCUGUCCCACUGCAAAGGAUUCUACACUUUCUCCCUCGUUCAUCUCCCUUUUGCCGGGAUGAGUGAGCCACCAAUCUUGUAUACGGAGUUGAAACAAAAAACAUCCUCUCAGUCUCAGCCCAAGAGAACAAAGACCAGCAUGAGCAAAGAUCCAGGAAGGGAGCAGGAAUUGGCCUAUGUCGAGUUGGAACUGCAAAGACCUUCUCAACAGCAGAGAAAGAGUGAGAGAGUGAAUGGCAAAGAUGCCCCAGCCUCUGUAUGGCAACUCACUGCGGUGACUCUGGUGAUCUUCUGCCUUGGGUUACUAUUGACAGUAGGUGUCUUAGCUGCUCAGGGACUUCACUGUGGCACUUGCCCAGAGAACUGGUUCCUGUAUGGAAACAACUGCUAUCUCUUUUCUAAAGAAGAAAGAAAAUGGGAUGAAAGUCAAGCAAUCUGUCGAUCUCAGAAUUCCAUGCUCCUGAAGUUAGAGAACAAGGGAGAACUGGAUUUCUUGUCCCUGUUUGCACUCUACGGAUGGACUGGACUCUACCGAAGUGGAAGAAAUCAAACUUGGAAGUGGUCCGAUGGCUCAAAUCUUUCCAUAGGCCUGCUGCAUAUAACCUUGGACGAAUCUGGUAAAGACUGUGCCAAAUAUCAUCCAUCAAAUCCAGCUUCUCCUGAAGAGUGUGAAUCUCUUCAAAAGUACAUCUGUAAGUAUAGGAUUCCAUAGCUUUCAUCUUCGGAGCUCAUGGACAGGUCUUCAUGGAGAACAUCUGCAAAGGGACUGGAUCCUGACAUUCCAUGGAUUAGGCACAGUGUUUCACAGUGUAAGACCCCAUUGCUCCAUCUUUGUUAAAUUCAAAGGAAGUCACAGUGGGAUCGUGCUGGAAACACCUGACCUGAAGAGACCUGGUUGAAACUCUAGAUUGGAAACUCUUUGUGGGCAGGAAGUGAGUCUACCAACUCCAUAUAUUGUACUUUCCCAACCGCUUUAAUACGAUGCUUUGAACACAGUAAGUGCUCAAUAAAUACCAUUAAUUGAGUGAAGUAAAUUCUUUAGUCUUUAGUGGACUUUUAAGACACCUUCAAGUGGCCAGUAGAUCUCCUCAGGGGAUGCUCUUUCAUACCAAGUCGAUAGCAGAUUCUGUAAGAGGCAGGGAGUUCACUCUCAGAUAAUAAACACCUCUUUGCCUUCA